CGAGAAAAUCGAGAAAAUCGAGAAAAUAAAAUAGAUAAAGCAAAAAAAAAAUGUCCAUGCACUACUAUAGACCGGGGUAUCGUUAUCGCUCGGCAAGUGGCAGAACGAGUGCUAGUGGCGAGACACAAGGCUCGGAGAGUGAUGUUGCUGAACUCAGUGACCUCGAGGAUGACGAGGAUGAGGAUGAUAGUCGUGAUGGCAUGAAUGACAUGCCAUUCGAUGGAAUCAACGAGAUGGACGAGAACAGCGACGAGACAGAUGUCCAGACGGACGAUGAUAAUUCAGUCGAAGACGAUGAAGAGGAUGACGAGGACGGUGAGGAUGCCGAGGAGUUGCCGUAUCCGGGCUUUACACCAGUGGCACUGCGCUACCUCGAUCAAACCACACGACCGCGCAACUGGUGUCUUUGCCUCAUCACUAAUCCGUGGUUCGAGAGGAUAAGCAUGAUGGUCAUCCUACUCAACUGCAUCACCCUCGGGAUGUAUCAACCCUGCGUAGACGACAAGUGCGUCACCAACCGCUGCAAGAUUUUACAGAUGUUCGACGACAUAAUCUUCAUGUUCUUCUCCCUGGAGAUGACGAUUAAAAUGGUGGCAAUGGGGGUUUAUGGUAAAGGGACGUAUCUGGCUGAUUCGUGGAACAGAUUAGACUUCUUUAUAGUCGCCGCUGGAGCCUUGGAGUACUGUCUAAACGUAGAGAACAUGAAUUUGUCAGCAAUAAGAACGAUUAGAGUACUGCGACCGCUACGUGCAAUCAACAGGAUACCGAGUAUGAGGAUACUCGUGAUGCUGCUCCUUGAUACACUACCGAUGCUUGGAAACGUUCUACUUCUCUGUUUCUUCGUUUUCUUUAUAUUUGGAAUCGUCGGUGUGCAGCUCUGGGAGGGAAUUUUACGACAACGAUGCUUCCUCAAGGCACUUCCAAACGUCAAAUAUCCAGAGUUACUCUCGGACGAGUACUCGAUUCGAUCACGCAUUUAUGACCUCGAGAAAUAUUUUGAGUACCAGGGCCAGGAUUACAUAUGCUCCAAGCCUGAUGAUAAUGGCAUGCACACGUGUGACAACCUACCGCCUCUGAAAUUCGGGGAUAUAGUGUGCAAUAGCACUGCUGUACCGAACAGUAAUGUUACCUUCAUCACGAAUACAACGUGUGUCAAUUGGAAUUACUAUUAUACCGAGUGCAAAGGUCAGGGUAACAAUCCAUUUCAAGGGACAAUAUCGUUUGAUAACAUUGGUCUUGCCUGGGUUGCGAUAUUUCUCGUUAUAAGUCUUGAGGGUUGGACGGAUAUAAUGUACUAUGUACAGGAUGCCCAUUCCUUUUGGGACUGGAUCUACUUUGUACUACUCAUCGUUAUUGGUUCGUUCUUUAUGAUAAACCUAUGCCUGGUUGUAAUAGCUACACAAUUUUCUGAGACGAAGAAGCGCGAGAUGGAGAGAAUGAGAUUAGAACGAGCUAGAUUUCAUUCCACUAGUACACUAGCAUCCUCAACAAAUAACUCAGAGCCAACAACGUGUUACGCUGAAAUAGUGAAAUAUAUCGGACACUUGUGGAGAAAGGGCAAACGUAGUCUGGCUAAGAAGUAUCGAUUGUGGAAAUAUAGAAGACAGCAGAAACAGGAAAAUCAUUUACUUAAAGAACAACAGGCUCAUCUUCGUCCAAACGUCGUUAAUCUCAGGACAAAUCGUUUAUCGAGCGCCGAUCGUCGUGUUCAUCACGUGCGAUGUCCACGUCACAUUCUGUCAAUGGAAAGUGACCGGAACAUCUCGAGUGAACUGUGCGAGAACAUCCUGCCAAGGGGAAGUUUAGCUCCACGUGCAAGUCCAGAAGUUUCGGAAACAGACGUGUCAUUUCACCAGUGCUGCAGCCAUCGUGCCAGCAUCCAUCGUCCACCAACUGCCUCCAACAAUGGCACCGGGGACAACAACGUCGUCACGUCGCCCGAGACCAGCAACGCACUGCUGAGUCCACCCUGUACCCACUAUCGUCGUCGAAGCAGUGUCAUGUUUAAUGACGUAGUGAUGCUUCAUGGUGGUAGUGUAAACACAUUACCAGGAUCCAUAGGUCAACCGGUCUGUGGCGAGCGUAACGUUUGCUCCAGUGAGAAGAUGACGCAGACCGGUGAUGGGAACGUUUGGUCCACAACCCCAGUUAAUCACAUCAGUCAAUUCCAGGCGGAGUUGGGAACGAGUGAGGCGAUGACUUGUCAGGAAUUGCUAGCACUGAGUGGUGCCCUGGGUGCAGCAUUGCCAACCGGCCAAUUGGGACGUGACACUUUUCUCAAUUCACUUGCCAAAGGAAUUACCGAGCGAAGUAAUUUCCGCGAUGAUAGAGGCCAGAGUCUCGAUGAUGCGGAAAUUUGUCCAUGUUCCUGUGACAUUCACGAGGCAUCACAGUGGCCGGAGAAUAGUGGUGCUGAGGAGGGAGAGGUGUCCCAGGUGAAGAGGUUCUUCAUCACAUCUGGAAAUUGUUGUAUAUCGGCACUCACGUGGGCUCGUAGUUGGAUUAAGAAAUUAGUCGAGCACAAGUACUUUCAGCAGGGAAUACUCCUGGCUAUUCUCAUCAAUACCCUCAGCAUGGGAAUUGAAUAUCACAACCAGCCAGAGCAAUUGACGCUGAUAGUGGAGAUAAGCAACACGGUUUUCUCAGCAGUGUUUGCAGUUGAAAUGUUGCUUAAAGUUGUGGCGGAAGGGCCCUUUGGAUACAUCUCAAAUGGGUUUAAUGUCUUUGACGGUAUCGUCGUUAUAUUGAGUGUCGUCGAGCUUUGUCAAUCACUCACAGCUGAACGCGGUGGUAGUUCAGGCUUGAGUGUUCUACGCACAUUUCGCCUUCUGAGAAUCCUCAAACUCGUACGUUUCAUGCCAAAUUUACGACGUCAAUUAUUCGUUAUGCUACGCACAAUGGACAACGUUGCAGUAUUCUUCUCCCUCCUGGUCCUCUUCAUCUUCAUAUUCAGUAUUCUCGGGAUGAACCUGUUCGGUUGCAAAUUCCGUGAAACGAUGAAAGGCAGCUCUGACGUCGAGUGCGAUAGAAAAAACUUUGACUCGUUACUGUGGGCAAUAGUGACAGUAUUUCAGAUACUUACACAGGAGGACUGGAAUGUUGUGUUAUUCAAUGGAAUGCAGAAAACAUCCCACUGGGCUGCACUCUACUUUGUCGCACUAAUGACAUUUGGCAAUUACGUUCUGUUCAAUUUGCUCGUUGCCAUUCUCGUCGAGGGCUUUUCUUCUGAGAGAAAUGAACGACGUGAAAGGGAACAAAGGGAAAUGGCAAAGCUCGCUGCAAAGGAGUCUGGUAUUGGCAGUGAUGAGGGAUCCAGCUCGAGACUCUCAGGAUCACAUUCGAUAACUGAUAGUGACACGUACACCCCUCAAGAGCGCAAGAACUCGUGGCAGAGUGUCGAUGAUCUCGGAAAAUUCAAGGAUAAUUAUCGGAGGGAUAAGCAUAAUCGCAUGUGGAGAAAAGCAGCCAUCGAGGAGCUCAAGUGUAAUAUACAGAAGGAAAAUAAAAUGAUGGGAGUUGCCGGUCAACCACCCACCAUAACUCACACUGCAGCCACGCCCCAGGAUUCUCCCAAUACCACUUUAGACACCGGCUACAGAGACAUUAAUUACCGCGCCAUUUAUCCUAUCAAUUUGUCAAUCGAAUCCAUCGAUCGAUCGAGCAGUCAGUGCAGCCUAACGUCAGGAUUUUUAAAGCCUCCGGACAACAACAAUCACAAAUACGCAACGAACAAUCUAGUGGGAAGUCAGACAUCGAGACGAAUGAGUCCCGGUAUAUCGACGUUUUCCAAUUCCUCAGCAUCUCGUGAAUUAUCAAACACCAGUCCGCCGAGGAUACGCCGGGGAUACUCCUCGCGUUUGUCACGGCCAUCGAUCUGUCGGAAAAGAUGGUCGCAGAGUGAUGAAGAGUCACCAGUACAAGCUACCAUCCUGAACAACGGUCGCAGCACGAGUGGAUCCAAUUCAGGAUUGUUCACCGGUGAAUACAUGGGCUACAACGGUGGAUACCUCCAUGGCUCAAUACGCAAUGACACGCAGAGAGAUGCACCCAACAACCGUACCACCAUGAUUGCAAGUCACAAUCGCAGCAUCAGCCCCAACAAUUCUAUCAGGAGUCAUAGCUCGUCAAUGGGGCAUUGUUAUACGACUUCUCAUCAGAUGAGAUGGAUCGACGAUUUAUCCCGUAGAAAUUCAUUCCGCAGCUACGACAUCGUUCAAGCCCACAAAGUCUUACCUUACGAGGAUAUUCCAUCCAGUGCAGCAUCAAGGACAAUCAAUAAUUUGACUAUUGAUACUGGUGCAUUACCGCGCAUCAAGAGAGUACAAGAUGAUAUCGAUAACGAUAGAUACUCAUCGCACAGUGAACAUACACCACCCUCAAAUAGCGGUGGUAGUGCAAGCAGUGUCGAGAGGAUAAAAAAAAUAUUUAUGUUUUUCGAGCCAAAGGGCUGCAUGAAGGAACGCGACGAAUACUCAUUGUACAUAUUUUCACCGAACAAUAGAUUUCGUAUGUGGUGCACAUGGUUCGUCGACAGAAAAUGGUUUGACAAUGUUGUACUUGCAUUUAUUGGAUUAAAUUGCAUAACACUCGCUAUGGAACGCCCUACGAUAACAUCAGACAGUCGAGAGAGGGCAUUUCUUGCCACUGCCAAUUAUAUAUUCACCGUUGUAUUUGCAAUCGAGAUGUUUGUUAAGGUGGUGGCCUCGGGGAUGCUGUACGGUCCAGAUGCCUAUUUUACGUCUGGUUGGAACAUAAUGGACGGUUCCCUCGUUAUAAUAUCAAUCGUUGACUUGUUGAUGUCCUUAAUAUCGUCCAGCAGUCCACGUAUAUUUGGAAUUCUCAGAGUAUUUCGUCUUCUGAGAUCACUGAGGCCUCUACGAGUUAUAAAUCGCGCACCUGGUCUCAAACUAGUGGUACAAACGUUGUUAUCAUCCCUGAGGCCAAUUGGCAAUAUCGUUCUAAUAUGUUGCACAUUCUUCAUUAUCUUUGGUAUACUGGGUGUGCAGCUGUUCAAAGGGGCCUUUUUUUACUGCGAUGGUCCUGAUAUUAAAGAUGUACGCAAUAAAACAGACUGCUUGAAGGAUAAGAGAAACGUCUGGGUAAAUAGAAAGUACAAUUUCGAUGAUCUUGGUAAAGCCCUCAUGUCACUCUUUGUUUUAUCAUCGAGAGACGGCUGGGUUAAUAUCAUGUAUACGGGAUUGGAUGCUGUUGGAGUUGACCAACAGCCUGAGGAGAACUACUCAGAGUGGCGUUUGUUGUAUUUCAUAGCAUUUAUUUUGCUCGUUGGUUUCUUCGUUUUGAACAUGUUUGUUGGUGUUGUUGUUGAAAAUUUUCAUCGUUGCCGGGAGGAGCAGGAGAAAGAGGAACGCGUACGGAGGGCUGCCAAGAGGGCACUGCAGAUGGAAAAGAAGAGGCGUAAAAUGCACGAGCCACCGUACUACGAGAAUUACUCAAAACCAAGAUUACUCGUUCACAAUGUCGUCACAUCCAAGUAUUUUGAUCUUGCCAUUGCUGCUGUUAUUGGAUUGAAUGUUGUCACCAUGGCCAUGGAAUUUUAUAUGAUGCCAAAAGCACUGACCUAUGCAUUGAAGAUAUUUAAUUAUUUCUUCACUGCUGUAUUUAUCCUCGAAUCACUGAUGAAAGUACUCGCAUUGGGAAUUAAAUUGUACAUGAAGGACAGGUGGAAUCAGCUGGAUAUUGGAAUCGUUAUUCUAUCGGUUGUUGGAAUUGUACUGGAGGAACUCGAGUCCAAGAUAAUACCCAUUAAUCCAACAAUUAUUCGUGUUAUGAGGGUCUUGCGUAUUGCAAGGGUUCUCAAAUUACUGAAGAUGGCUAAGGGAAUAAGAGCUCUAUUAGACACGGUGAUGCAGGCAUUGCCGCAGGUCGGCAAUUUGGGACUUUUGUUCUUCCUUUUGUUCUUCAUAUUUGCAGCCCUCGGGGUUGAACUAUUUGGUAGACUCGAGUGCAGCGAUGAGAUGCCGUGUCAGGGGCUCGGUGAGCAUGCGCACUUCAGUAAUUUCGGCAUGGCCUUUUUGACCCUCUUCAGGGUAGCAACCGGUGACAAUUGGAAUGGCAUCAUGAAGGACACACUACGUGAUGACUGCGACGAUUCCACGGACUGUGUCAAGAACUGCUGUGUCAGUACAAUAAUAGCACCGAUUUUCUUCGUUAUUUUUGUUCUCAUGGCACAAUUUGUUCUUGUUAAUGUUGUGGUGGCUGUAUUGAUGAAACACCUUGAGGAGAGUCACAAGCAUCUUGAGGACGAGCUCGACAUGGAAAUGCAGUUGGAACGAGAAUUGGCAGCUGAACAGCAGGAGCUGCUGGAGAGAGCUGAGGCAGAGGAGGAGGAGAAUGAGAGACAAGAGUUGGCGGCUGAAUUGGGAUUGGACGUUGGGGAUGAGGAUCUACUCGAGAAGCUGCGACUCAAUGGCCUUGACAGAUUGCGAAAGUACGAUGACUUGGCUGACAAACGAAUCCGUGAAUUUCACGGUGAAUACCUCAAGGAGAGAUUACGUCCAGGCCUCUCGAAAGUACGAUCGCUGCCCUCCAACUUCAUCUACAAUCCCCCGACGGAGAGACAAAUCCAUACCGAUGACUCAUCAAUCUCAACAACACGCAGGAGCAAUCGUAGAAGACGAAGCUCAUCGUAUCGUGGGGUUAAAAAUUCAAGGAUGCAUCUAAAACGCCGUCAGACAUUCCACUCACAGCAGCGGGGUCCACUGCUACCCAUCGUGACAGAUUUUGAAAUAGCAGAAGUACCAAGACCCUUAAAUAAUCUUUCGAUACCAAUAAUUAUUCCCCAGACGAGUCCAUCGCCCUCUGAAAGGAGAUACAUUCGUGAUGAUCGUGGUGAUCUAGAUGAGGAGAGAGUGUGUCUUAGGCUGGCGGAUAAAACGAUGAGAAAAGCGUUGGAGCGAAUACCACAGACACCACAAACAGCCGACACGAGUCUCACUGUACCCGGAAAAUCCACAAAUUACUUAUUAACUGUUGUCGACAGCCCCGACAGUCUACGGCAUGGGGCGAAAAGCCGCAGGCCGGAUGUGACUAAGGAGGAACCACUUGGGAGACUCGAGCCACCCGAAGAUCUCGACGUUCACUCUGUAAUUAAUGAGAGGAGACCGUCCAAAUUCAAGAUCACGAGUGCUUACACCAACACCUACACGGAUAAUGAUAAUGAACAGUUCUCGUCGUCUCAGGGUACUAAUAUCGAUGAGUUAUAUGUAGUAACGAGUGUCAGAGAUGAUUAUGUGAGUGAUGAUGUAAAUGAUGAUGUAGCUGGUACAAGUGAUUUAGAUAUAACUGAAGUUAAUAAGAUUAUUUGCACACCCGUUAGAGAUCUAGAGGCUGAAGUUAAUAUUUAUGUUGAUGAGGAUGUUGAUGAUAGUUCGUCGGGUAGUUCUGGUGAGCAUGGUAAAAGUAUAAGUAUCAUUGUCGAUCCAAGUGCUUAUUUAGAGACAAGCACUGGUUUUGUUGAUGAAUCAUCGCAGAUUGAUGAUGUUAUUAAUGAAAUAAGAGAUAAAUUUGACGCGUGAAACAUAAUUGAGGGACAGUGGGUGCGAUAAUUCAUCGUUAGUCGGUGAUAACUCUUCCAUAGUCUGUUUAUAACAAAUGAAUAUGAUGAAUUAAUUUGUAUUAGAUUUUAAUGGUGAGUGGUGUAGGUGAUAAUAUAGUGAUAGGUAGAUAAGGUAGAAAAAUUUCGUGGGAUUUUACUGAGUGUUCGCUGCCUCGACUUAACGUUGAUGAACUUAUUUCAGUGAUUCGCGGGGACAAGGGCACGAGAGAUGCGUAGUGCAUGACAAUAUAGACGUCGUUGUGAAAUGAGAAAAAGUUUAGAAACAAAAAACCACUUCGUUCGUGUAGAAUUCCUCGAUUUUUCUCGUCUCAAGUGGUGAAAGCACUGAGGGGAAAUGAUCUAGAGUGAUGGUCUGACCAAUGCGAAGAUACUGUCCUUUUUCUCAUAGAGACAAACAAAUGUAGUGGGAAGCUAGGUCCAAAGGGGAGGAAAAUACGUAGACAAUCGGCUGGUGAGCUUGACAGAUGUUUACAUGUACUUGUUUACUUGUACUACGUACUAUCUGUAUGCACCCUGUGAAUCGUAUGUUACAAUCAGUAGGUUUCAUUGAAAAAACAAUCGUAAGCUCGAAGCUAUUGGAGAAUUGUAUUUAUUCUAAUAUUUCCACAGUGCUCUGCCAUUGGAAAAAAACAAAACCAUUGACAAUCUUCUCUCAUUAUUCACGAGCUAAAUGUCAUGUUCCUCUUUACAUGUGACACUCGUUGAAUUUACGUAGGAAUUGCUAGAUUAAAUAACUACAGACUUGUGUUUUUGACGGAAUGAAAUUUCGCCGAUGAUUAUUAAAAAUUCUUCGUCGUCCAGCGAAAAGGGAAAAUCUAUUGUACCGUUGUAAUUAAAAUUGUAAGAAAAACUAUUUUCAGCUUCUUUCGAAACAUUUAGAAAACGUUUCUCAUUAACAUCUGUGAUAUAUAUUUCAAUCAUAGAGUAUUUCCCGAAAGAAAAUACCAGAAAAUAUGGAGAAAAUGGAGAACAUGUGCAGUCGAAAACUGAAAACUGUUGGAGGAGUCAUUAGUAGUAAACUUUACAAAUAAAAGUGAGAAGUUGGCGAAUUGAAGAAAUAAUGAAAAUAAACGUGAGAAUAAAUAUGUUGAAAACCAAAGGAAGCAAUAUAGACAAUUCUACAAUUGUACAUAGAAUAUUCUAUCUACACUCGAUGUGCAGGUUUAUUUUGAUACUACAAAGGUAUAGAUAAUUAAUAUAUUGUAUUGGAAUAUGAAACUGUAUGCCUUCGCGUUCGUUGGCGAGCGUUCGCGCGGUCACGGUGCCAUCAACUUUCCAAGUAUUAUGAAUCGCCUGGACAAUCCGGAAAAUACACUACUGGAGGAAUGACCUUGUCUUUUUACGGCAUUUCCUCCUCAUAUUUUUUCCUCAAUCAUAUGACACUCUUUGGGCACCGUUACCGUCUCUUCAGUGCUCUUCGCGCUCACAAGUCACUUUCUGCCAUUCACUGGCCAUAACAGAUUAUACGAUUAUACGAUUAUACACUAAUUCCAGAGCAACAUUGCCAACGCAUAUAUGAACUCUAUACUAUUGAAAAAUCUCAAGAAUUCUCCAAGUAUUAUAUGAAAGCAUUAUAAUUUUUUUUUUCAUUCCCCGUAAUUUUACCAGAAUCACACUAGACUCUCUCGAAAGUUCCAGCGAAAUAUUCGAGAGAAUUUCAACAGAGAAAACUGGAAUUUUCUAUUGAUUUUUUUUUUGUAUUUGAAGGAGUAAAAUAUCCUUGGCAGUUUCCCCUGGAGUUGCUGAUGAAAUGGAGACAAUCUCGUAUCGAACAUAGAAAGUGCAUUCGUUCUCAUGGGUUUUACCAGUUUAUUAUGGAGUUCAUUGAGUCAAUACAUUUUCGAUAACAACAUGUGAUUUUUGGGCGCGACGACAUCGCCGCGCCGAUAUAGUAUAAGUCCCCUCCGAUCCCCAUCCCACGUUAGUCCUAUCUUUCUACUCCUUCUAGGAACAAAAAAACCUGCACCCUUCGUAAACUUGGCGAAAAACGGAAAACACAAAUAUUCCAAUUUCCAAUUCCCCGUUUUCUCCAGAACAGAUGAAUAAUGUGGAAUUAUAGUGCAACCAGAAAAUGAAUAGCCUUCUCCAGACCUGAAUUCGUACACAGGAAGUGAUGCGCAUGAUAAAUUUAAAUUGAAGAAAGGAAAAAUGAAGCUGAGAAAAAACCACUGUAGAUAAUGCGCCACACCUCUGUUUUAUUCAUUACAGUG